AUGAUGAUGGAAGGCAAUGCAGAUCAGGAUGGGGACAACCGAAUCUCAGAGGACGAGUUCGUGAGGCUCCUGGAGCGGCCGGAAGCUUCUGUGGCACUCAUGCGCUUGGGUGUCGACACAUAUGCAGCGAUGGAGUAUGGACAGCUGCUUUUUGAGGACGGCCAACCAUUAACUUUCGGAGAGUUCAUGGAUGCGAUUCUGACUCUCCGUGGCUCCAAUCAGACCACUGUGAAAGACGUUGUGAACCUGCGAAAGUUCACGGCCGAUGAGUUCUCGACCCUACAUGCGGUUCUCAACGAUCUUUGCCAUUUCUUGGCAGGUCGUGGUAUGACAACAAACUUUGCACGACGGUUGUCCACUCACUCAAGGUCGAGGGUGAAACAGUUUGAUGAAGUGUAA